UUCGAACACGUCACUUGGACAGAAGUUGAUGAAGCCAUCAGAGGAGCCAGCAUGAAAACGGCACCUGGAUUCAGCCAGAUGAGCUACCUAGCAAUAAAAUGGGCAUGGGAUGUUGGGAGUGAGGAUAUACUCCUCCUAAUACACCAAUGCCUAGCAGUGGGAUACCACCCUAAACGAUGGUGUCGGGCAGUUGUAGUGGCAUUACGCAAACCGAACAAACCAGACUACUCUAACCCCAGAGCAUAUCGCCUUAUAGCGCUACCGGAAUGCCUUGGGAAAAUAUUGGAA